AUGCUAUAUAAAUUAUUUUCUGUCUCUAAAAUUCGAACCUUAAGAUGUAGUGCUUAUUUUUCAACGUCAGCAUUGCCCAAGGAAGAAAAGAUUAAAGUUGGAAAGUACAAUAUUAAUUAUUUACAAGUAGGAAAUGGACCACAUCAUGUUUUUUGUAUGCCUGGUGCUCUAGGAACAAUUUGGACAGAUUUCAAACCACAAGUGGAAGGAUUAAAUAGAGAAAAAUUUACAGUAGUAGCAUGGGACCCUUUGGGUUAUGGUAAAAGUAGACCACCUGACAAGGAAUUUACACCAGACUUUUAUGAAAAAGAUGCAGAUAUAGCUUACGAAUUGCUUAAGCUAUUGAAAAUUCCAACAUUUUCAAUAUUGGGUUGGAGUGAUGGUGGAGUAUCCGGAAUGAUUCUUGCUGCUAAAUAUCCCAGAGCAAUCAACAAACUUGUUAUAUGGGGAAGUAACUCAUUCAUUUUACCACAUGAAGUUGAAGCAUAUAAAAAAAUAAAGGACAUAAAGUUGUGGUCGGACAGAAUGCGACAGCCAAUGAUAGAUAUUUAUGGCGAGGAGAAUUUUGCAAAGUAUUGGGCGAAUUGGAUUGACGGCAUGGCCUUAAUAUUACAAACGAAGAAUGGCAACAUUUGUUCUGAACUGCUGAAAAAUAUCAGUUGUCCGACACUUAUAUUAUAUGGGGAAAAGGAUCCCAUGGUCGAUAACGUUCAUGUAUCACAUUUACAUACUAAUAUUGAGGGAUCAAGAAUCCAUCUGUAUCCUGAGGGCAAACACAAUAUUCAUAUUCGGUAUGCUGAAGAUUUUAACAAGAGAGUCGAAGAAUUUUUACUCUUACCCUCCAGUUGA